CUCGAAGGUGCCGAGAACAAAAGUCCCUGACAACUUUUUUGCCUCUUUCUUUGCUUAUAUGAAUAUGAAAGCAGUUUAACUUUUGAGGAGUUUCAGCAGAGGGCAGCAGACUUCCUCUUAAUGAAUUGUUGGUUGUGGGUGUUACCUCUCAAAAGAGGUUUCCUGCGGCAAAGAAAGGCCGCUCGGGCAGAGCGAAGCACAGCGAGGCAUCUGUAAGAGCUGCUGCGAGCAGUUCUGAACGUGGCAGUACUUUACGCAGUCCGGGCUCCUGCAAAAAACACCUCCGGUACUGCGGUGAGCCGUGGGACGACACGUGGAGGUAACUUCACCUUGGCGGGGCCUUUCCAGCAAGCUGCCAGCUUGGAAACAAAUGUCACCCUGAGAAGAGCAGCCCUCGAGCUGCACUUCGUCUCCUCCGCCUCUUCUCUUUUGAUUGAGCGUUUGAUGUAAGAACAGAAGGGGAAUUUUCUGCCACCUGCUGCGGUGAGGACUUCCCCUUCAAUCUGCCCUUCUUCUGUUUUCUGCACGGGUCUGAAGGCAGAGUUCUGCUGCUGAAAGCUGGAAGGUGCCUAUCUGUGUCACUGAUUCUGGGUACUACAGGAACAGCUGUCUGAUGUUUCAGGGAACACCAGUGCCCACCCAGAGACCACUAUUAAAGCCUUAUUUUGAUGAACAAGUCAGCAUAUCACUUAGGGAACAUGACCUUACACAUGCAGAAAUGCUUUGUGCGUCGUUGGCCAUCAUGUUGAGCUGAUGGUGCUGUUGGCACAUACCUAGCGUGGACUUUUUUUCAUUUGCCCUCUUCUACCAGCAGUCUGCAAGAACUCAUUUCUGAUCACACAUCCUGUUCUUUCACUUCUGUGGCUGCACGCUCUGCCUCUGCGCUAGCUGCUGUAUAUUCAAAAAAGGUCAAGAUGGUUCAGUGUUGGUGUUUCGAUGAGGAAGAUGAUGAGGAGGGUUUGGAAGGGCCAGCAGGGGUGGGAAGGUUGGAACAGGACUGCAAGGGUUUUUGGGAACCUGAGCUGAACUUUCACAGCUCCACAGAAGGAUUCCUGGUUGCAGUCAAAUGGAGUUCUUGUUCUGGAUGCUGUGUGGUGCCAGCAUGUAGAAAGGAUACGGCAGCUUUAAGAUUGUGUUCUGCAUAGUGUGGCAAGGGACCUGAAGAGAUGGUUUCCUUGUUUCUCAGAUUUUUCAUUGCUUAUCAGAUCAGGCUUUAGUCUCUGAUUCUGUUGCUCAAAAUGUCACGGAAUCAGGCUUUUCUGUAAGGAAUUGAAAUCUUUAUCACCAGAUUUUUUUCCCUUAGAUUGUCAAGAACUGAUCACACAUUGAUGUGUUUUACUUCAGAUUGGUCAAAUCCCAAGAAAUAUUAUUUAUAUAAAAUCAAAUACUAAGCAUUGAUCUAUCUAACGUAAGUUAGAUAUUUUUCAUCUUGUUCACUGAAAUACUCUCUUCCAGCUCAGCAUUUUGCUUGUGCUCACUCCGGGAUACAGUACUGAUUCAUGGUGCAUAGGAUGCUACAUGUAACAGCUGGGCUGUUCUUGAGUUUGUCUUCCUCAUUACAGCACACUUUAGCUGACACGCUAAGAACAAGUUACUGCUUGAACAAUAGCAUUCUGAACACUACUUUUUUGUUUCUUUUUCAGUAAGAGACGUACUUCAGAACUUGUGGUACAGAUUUUGAAGGCUACUGACAUACUUCUGUUACUGCCCAGUUCUAUUUAGUGUCAUGCAUACGAUCCCAUUAAAAUGGAUCUUUUUCUUUCUUCUCAUAUUUUCUGUCGUAACCAUGUGGUACAUUACUUUUCCUUCAAACGUUGUGGUUGAACAUGUGAACAGCAUGUAUUUCUAUGAGUAUGAACCAAUUUACAAACAAGCCUACCUCUUCACAUCGCGUCAACACUUGAAAUGCAAAGACAUAAACCCGUUUCUGGUCAUCCUGGUGUCUUCGAGACCUAAGGACGUGAAGUCAAGACAAGCCAUAAGGAUAACAUGGGGAUCUGAAAGCUUCUGGUGGGGACACCGAGUUCUAACCCUGUUCUUACUAGGUCAGGAAACGGAAACAGAGGACAAUUCUGCAGCACUCUCAGUAGAAGAUGAAAUCAUACUCUAUGGUGACAUAAUUCGCCAAGAUUUUAUGGACACAUACAACAAUCUUACCUUGAAAACCAUCAUGGCGUUCAGAUGGGUGACUGAAUUCUGUUCUAAUGCUAGAUUCAUCAUGAAGACGGAUACCGAUGUCUUCAUCAACACUGGUAACUUAGUGAAGUUCCUUCUGAAGUUCAACUCCUCAGAAAGCAUUUUUACAGGCUAUCCUCUUAUAGAUAACGUUGCCUAUAGAGGCUUUUACCAAAAAACAUACAUUUCUUAUGAUGAAUAUCCAUUCAAGUUUUAUCCUCCAUACUGCAGUGGAAUGGGUUAUGUACUGGAUGGAAAACUGGCUCUGAGGAUUUAUGAAUUGAUGGGUCAUAUCAAACCUAUAAAGUUUGAGGACGUUUAUGUUGGAAUUUGCUUAAAUAUUCUUAAGGUGAACAUCAGUAUUCCAGAAGGUAAUCAACAAUUCUUUAUUGAUAAAAUUAAUUUUGAUAUCUGUAAGUACCGACGCUUGAUUGCAGUGCAUGGCAUUAUGCCAAGUGAAAUGAUCAGGUUCUGGAAGGAUUUGUCAUCCGUCAUUUCAGUUACUUGCCUCUGAUUCUGUACUAGUAUAUUGAUAAAUAUAUGACUUGAAACUUUGAAUUCCAGUGUAAAAAUAUUGAACUGAAGUACGGGGAACAUGGAACAAAAGCAGAUGGUGAGAUGACAUUGACUGAAAGCCAGCUGUGCUGCAGCAGCAGAACUGUGAGGGUUGUUCUGGGAUCCUCUAAGGCUCCCGGUGCCUUUAUUUAGGAACUCAUACAUUUCCAUGUCCCUAUCCUAUGCACAGUGGGUACUUGGAAUGCACUGCACUGUCUUGCUUUGACCCUUCUCCGUGCACUCUGCUGUAACCAUGGGAUGUCUGCCCAAAUCUGGAAUUCACGAGGUGUCACUGAAGAAUAAUGUUUACGUCAAGAAAUGAGCCGGGGAGAUGCUUCUCACAUCACUGCUUAAUGAUGUUUCUUUUGGUCCUUUUGUGAACUGCAUGAUCCUUUGCCACCCUCAAGAAUUUGUUCUCUGCACAGCACAAAACUUGGAGCUACCUUCUUAUUUAAAUGUAUCAGUUCUGUCCUUCUUCUGGGAGCUUUACAUCUUCUCAUUUAAUCAGUGUUCGAAUGUAUGUAUGUUUAUAGUCUGUGUUCAAAUGUAAGCAUAUUUGUAUACAUGCAAAAUAGAAUUGCUUUAAUGUCUUUCAGGUAGAACUGCUAGUGCUCGCAGGCUGUUACAGAGCUAGAUGCAGAAGAGUUCACGUGCAGUUCAGGGCCACUGGCUGCAGUGGGAGCUCUGCACAGGAGUCACGGAUGGUCCAACAGACCCUGCGCUUUGAGACUAAUUGAAUUUGCAACAGUAAGUGCUAAAGAGCUUGUUCUACAAAUAAACCUUGGAAGGUAUCGGAAAGAGAGCUGCAUUAUUAAGAUGAAAGCAGAAAGAGUGCAGCGCACCUGUAAGUACAGCGUUCAAGUACAAUAUCCACCAAUUUUCCUUGAAAGAACUCACUGAUGGAAGAAAAGAGAGGGAAAAAUGCUCUCCUGAGAAGAGAGGACUUCAGAAGCACUUUGGAGAUGGCUGAAGCAAAACCCAAGCAGGGCUCUGGGUGCCAACGCAAGCAUCCCGCCCAGCAACACUGCCUGGAGCCCAGGAUGGGUUCUGCUGAUGGCUCACAUCAGCUUCUGUCAGACAAAACUGUGUUUGUCCCAUACACAAUAAUCACAGAGGUUGGUAAUUUUCUCCACUGUUUUUUGCCUUCUUAACAAACUUCAAUCAAUCAAAAUGACUGGAGAGAUGAAGUGACCAAAUCAGCGUGACAGCAAAGGAUCUACACUGUUCAUUGGACUGGUAAACCCUCGUUAAAAUAUAAGCAGAAGCAACAGAAAGCGACAACUUUAAAAAGCUUAUUUUUUAAGGAUCAUUAAAAACUGGAGAUACAUGAUGAAAAAUAUACCCUGAGCCCCUGGUUUAACUGUCCUGUCCUUCAAGAACUCCUAUGACGCACAGCUCCUUGAGCACAUGACAUGCAGUCUGCAAAGGCACUGCAAGUUGCUUGAGAGCUUCUGAGAUAAAGCAGUUUAGAAGAAUGAGGUGCAUUUACUGGCUGAGUGUGUGAAAGGAGCUGAUGAAUUAACAGAGCAUUGUAAUUGCUUCAAGUCACUAAAGUUCACAGCCCUGCAAGUACCCAGAACAGACACUGCACAUGGCAUUUUAAGUUGCUUUAGCAUUUGAGAUCAAAGACAUUGAUAGUGAGCAGGAGUCUGAGCAGGAGACUGAGUAUCCAAGUGCUCUGAGUAUUUCUCAGCACUACAUUGAAAGCACGAAGUGACACAACAAAACAGUACAAGCCUGUCAAUGCUCGCUUUUCCAAAGCUGGGCUAAGGCUGAGAAGCCAGGGGAUGAUGUGUAUAGCAGAUAUGGGAGGCUAUUUUGGAAGAUCAGCAAACGCCAUCCAAAGCAUCUGUUCUUUUUCGUCUGUAAUCAUAAAGGAGACCUGGCUUCAGGACAACUGAUCCCAAAGCUGAGGGAUCCAAAAGCUAGGACACCUCUAGCUACUUUCAAACUAAAUGCUAGUAAAAAAUAUUAGCUAUAAUUACGAACCCUCAGGAAUCUAGACUGUCACGACACAAUCAUCAGAGCCCUGUAACUGCACUAAUAAAAUACCUCUGACAUUUUACCA